AUGUCAUGGACCUCCUGGACGACGCUGGUUCCUGCACUUCUCAUCCUGUCGGCCAGUCUCGCUUGGUUCGUCGAGCCUAAAAACGCCCGAAUCAACCUCGUCGCAGCCGUCGGGCUAGCCUUGUUCUGCUGGGCUGUCGCCCCGGACCUCUCCCGUGACGUCUCGUACUCGUUGUAUGCCACGACCGUCGAUGCCGUCGCUGCUCUGCAUCUAGAUCUUUUGGUCCUGGAGCAUGCCAAGAUGUUGUUGAUGGGGAGCGCUGUUCUCUGGUUGGCACGCAGAGCCUGGCAGACGCUAUGGAAACCUGUUCCUGAGUUGAUCAACAUCCUGGGCGUCGACGUCCCUGAUCCGCCCGAUGUGUCGCUGGCGGGCAUCCGAGCCGAUGCGGCAACGCUGAAUUGGGCGCGCCCUCCGGCAAACCGAUCGGUCCAAAAAUUUCUGAUCCAGGUCAACGGCGUGGUUGUGGGUGAGGUUGCCGCAAAUCAGGAGCCCGCGAUCGUCAUCAGCGGAUUGAAGCCCGAUCACUUCUACAAUGUGCGAGUCAUUGCCGUCGGAUCCAACAACUUCCAGACCGGAAGCCGCGUCAUCCGGCUGAGGACGUUUGGCCCCGACGGCCGGCCGCAACUCGGAAGUUCACGUCUCCCAUCUAAUUUUACGGCGGAUGAGCCGCACGGGUCCAUGCCUAGCGAUGUUGGCAAUGAGACUGGAGCCCCUCGCACCGCGGCGCUAGAAGCAGCAGCGCCUCCCGAGGGCGUUGGGUUGCCCGCCCAGGACAGAGGCUCUACCGCACUAUCCGGGGCGCGCCGGAACACAGUGACGCGACGCCACUCGCCAUCCACUACGAGCCUCGACCAGCCGAUACGAGAGGAAGACAGUGCGCAUGCUACCAAGACCCUACCAGAGCUGACUGAGAAAUUUGAAAGCAUCCGCAAAGAAACCGAAGACGUGAUGAACCAGAUUGCAAAGGAAGAAGCUGACAACAGGUUGCUGCUGGAGGAGCUAGAGGCCGAGAAAAGGGAGAAGAAGAAGGAGCAGAAGAAAAAGGAGGAGCAGACGGAGAAGCUAAAGAGGGAUGUCCAUUCCACUGAUCGGACGAUGCGCAACGCAUUGCAACGAAAAGCCCAGAGGGAGAAGCUUCUCAAGGAGAAGCAAAUUGAGCGGUCAAAGUUCUACGACAACAUCGCCAAGUGGGAGAAGGGCAUGGAGGACAUGCGCGGAGACCGAGAGGGCUUUGACCAGCAGAGAGCUGAGCUGCAAGAGGAGCGGGAUCAAAAGGUGAAAUGUCUCCGGCGCGAGAAUGGCGAUCUGCAGGCCGAGUGCUCGCGGCUUGAGGCAGAGCUGAAAGAGCGAAGGGAGCAGGUGAGAGAGUUGGAGGAGGCUCGGAAAAAGCUACCGGGAGGGGAGGAUGAUAGUGGAUGGAGAGAGAAGGACGCCGAGAUCAAGCGAGAGUGGGCCCGGAGGCAACGAGAAUUGCAAGAGACGCUCGCCCUCGAAACCAAGCGUGCCAGGGAGCUUGAUGAGCAAUACCGCCUCCUCACCUUACAGCUACAGACCAACCAUCAAGCGCCUUAUGGCAUGUAUAACCAGACGAACCCAUCUGGCAUUGAUUUCGACAACCCAACGCUCACGCAGUUGAAGCGGCGGAGCCGGACGAGCAAUUCACUUUCCAACGUUUCGAUAUCCACCCCUUUACCCGCAUAUUCUCAAAUCGACUCGGCUGUAGCCGCUCCUCUCGGUUUUGCCAGCUCGCGAUCCAUAAACGCGCCUCCCGGAUUUGCCCCUGGUCCCUUUAUGAACAUCUCAGCGGACAUCUCCGGCCGCCUCGACGAAUCGAGCACUCGGAUUGCGCCCGCCCCGUUGAGCCCGUCGGCCACAGCGCUGCUGCCAUCUAAUAUACUGGCAGAUCUAGACGACGAUGAACCCACCGCCGGUUCCGGGUUCGGAUACGAUCCCUUCCUCUCGCAGCAACGGGCAUCGCCCGAGAACACACCGCAAUCCCCGGCAUCCUCAGGCAGGUCUCUCAGCAUCUUCUCCAGCCCGCAUGGCUCGUCCAGCAAUCUUCCCUUUCCCCCUUUCCCGAACGACGCUUCAGAUAGAAUGUCGCUCAAUGCCGUUGCUACCGUGCCUUCGCCCAUCGCGACAGAGCCACCGCCGAAUAAGCUAGGCAGUUUCUUUUCCUUCCAGCGGUCCAGGCCAGCCAAAACCAUGGAAAAAGAAGGCCCGGUUCUCGGUAGCCUCAAACAGGGCCAGAGCCAGUCGUUUCCAAAGCAAGCAGAUGAGGAUGGUCUCGUGAAUAGGAGGCGGAUCAGUCUCUCUGGCAGCUGGAACGUGUUCAACCGGAAUUCGGUAGGGCCGGAAAUCACCGAUGGACAUACGGCUACCUCGCGCAUGUUCUCGAGAAGCCUCAAUCCGUUUUCGAACUCGCACCGAGCCCCGGGCGCCUCGUUUCCGGAGCGGGACCCUAGCAGUCCCCGGCCAACCAGCAUCGCAUCCUCGGAUUUUCCCCGGCCGUCGACAGAUUCGGGCUCAAUCUGGGGCCCUCCAGCGGAUCCUGCGGCGCUGGCGAAGACCAGCCGUCUCUGGUCGCCUGACACGACCUGGUCAAGGAAUCCCUCCCGACGACCAUCCCUUCACGGAUCGCCGUCGGCUCUAAAGACAACACUGGCAUCUGCGGACGAUGAGAUCCUUAGUGAAGAGAUGCUACCCAACGCCCGUGAGGUGGGCGUCAUCGGCAGCCGCCCACCGACGCAGUCGUCGAAACCCCUUGGUCGACUGAACCCGAACGCGCCCGCAUUCAUAGGUUCUUUCUUCAAAUCCAAACCCGAAAGGGAGAAGGAGAAAGAAGAAAAGGAAAAGGCCAAGGCGGAGAAGAAGGACAAAUCCAAGUUCAAGGAGUCGAAGGAAAAGCACAAGAACAAGGAGGCGGUGUCUACGCCGGAACCCUCGCAGGCGCCGUCCUUCGAAUUCGAUUCUCCAUCAGAGCCCCGCAUGUCCCGUGAUGGGAUGUCGGUGCACACUCUAGCGUCAGUCUCCGAGUCGAGGGACUCGCUGUCACUGGACCAGUCCUUCUCCAACACGCCGUCGGAACCCACGAGUGCCGGUCUCUCGGGCAGCUUCAGGGACGACAACGUGGUGCUGAAGUUGUUCAGGAAGAGCAGCUCCAGUAAAUUCAGCCUUGCCGGACGUCUAGGUGGUAAGGAGUCGGGCCUUUUCAAGAAGGGCCCGAGCAGCAUUGCUAGCACGGGCGCUUCGGAAAAGGGGACGUCGAUGGAGCGGACUAGCAUCGGUGACAUGGACGACAUUGGCGAUGAGUCGUUGAACCCUGGCUUCCUGGGCCGCAGCUAUGACAGCGUCACCAGCAGCCCGAACCUGGGGUCUACAUCGAGUGCGCGGAGCAAGGAGAGCAAGGCGCCGGUGCGGUGGCUCAGCAACUUCAAGAAGGGCAAGAAGGAGAAGGAGAGCCUUGAGCUGGACCGAAACCAGCUCUCUGAGGCUGAAAGGCCGUCCGAGGAUAGUUGCAGAGAUUGA